AUGACCGUUGAUUCGCGAAAAAUACGUGUUGCCGUACGGGUGCGCCCGUUCAAUGAUCGAGAAUUGGAGCAAAACCCAAGAAAUAUCAUUAAGGUUCUUGACAAAUCCACCGUAAUGUUUGAUCCAGACGAAGAUGAGGAUGAGUUCUUUUUCCACGGUGUAAAACAGACUCACCGAGACAUCACAAAGCGCGUCAAAAAGAAGCUCACUAUGGAGUAUGAUGAUGUGUUUGAUAAUACGGCUACGAAUGUGGACAUUUUCGAGGUAUGCAUGAAACCGCUAGUGCAAUCGGUUAUGAACGGAUACAACUGUUCCGUGUUUGUGUACGGAGCGACAGGAGCGGGAAAGACGCACACGAUGCUGGGCAACGAAGAUUGCCCGGGCAUAACAUUCCUGACCAUGAAGGAAUUGUUCCAUCAGAUCGAGUCGCUCAGCGAACUUCGCAAGUUUGAUAUUGGAAUAUCGUACCUCGAAGUAUACAAUGAGCUGGUGAUGAAUCUUCUCACCAAAACUGGUCCGCUUAAGCUGCGCGAAGAUUCAAACGGUGUUGUGGUGAGCGGUUUGGUGUUGAAACAAAUUCACAACGCCAGCGAGCUUCUAGAGCUGCUAGCAUUGGGAAACCGCAAUCGCACGCAGCAUCCGACCGAUGCAAAUGCCGAAAGUAGCCGCAGUCAUGCAAUCUUCCAGGUGCACAUUCGUAUGGUGGAGAAAAAAACGGGCCAAAAGCGAACGGUGAAGCUAUCUAUGAUUGAUUUGGCUGGCAGCGAGCGGGCCGCCAGUACGAAAGGCAUUGGUUUACGCUUUAAGGAAGGCGCGAACAUCAACAAAUCGCUGUUAGCUCUCGGAAACUGCAUUAACAAGCUGGCAGAUGGGCUGAAGCACAUCCCUUACCGUGACUCGAACCUGACGCGCAUCCUGAAGGAUAGUCUAGGAGGCAACUGCCAGACUCUGAUGAUAGCCAAUAUUUCGCCGUCCUCGCUAACGUACGACGACACAUACAAUACGCUCAAAUAUGCAUCACGGGCAAAGAAAAUUCGAACGACCGUACGGCAAAACAUUGUGCCAACUAACGUUCCGAAGGAGUUCCUUGUCAAGAAAGUCAACGAGCAGGCUGAAGAGAUCGAGAGGCUCAAGGCAAAGGUGGCCGAUUUGGAGGAACAGCUCAAAAAACAAUCCACACACAAAGCGGCUGACGGUACGGCAGCACUGGACGAAACUUUGAUGAAUACGUGGAUUUCGCGAAUUGAUAGUUGUUACGCCAGUAUGCGUCAGGCUUUGCAGCAUUUUAUUGCAUUAAAGAGUAAGGAGAAGCUGCUUAACAUGCGCGUAAAACUAAAGGAGCAGGCGGAAAAUAUUGCCCGGAUCGUAACGCUCGACGGAAGCCAGCUAGAUGAAGAUAUAGCAAAGAUUGAAGCAUCCAUCGACCGGUGUGGCAAGCAGGUAGCGAACCAGCAAGUUGAUAAAUCACGCUGGUUAGAACGGUAUCGGCAGGCACAACGUAGUCGAAACGCGAUUCGGGAAGAAGUCCUGCAAACUGAACUUGCCACUAUACUAAAAGGAUAUCUAAGCGGAAAGGAUGCCGAAAUCGAUGCCGUGAAGUCGUCAUUGUGGAAGGAUCAUGUACUACAGAUCUCGUUCACGUACGAUCAGGAGAACAAACUGUGGCAAAAGAUAAUGCUACUCAGCGGGGAUAUUAUACAACAAAACUAUCUGCUUCUGCGCAGUAUGGAUCGCUUGGACAACGUCACGUUGGAUAAGCUGAGACGAUUGGUGAAGCUGAACCAACGGCAGCGUGGAGUCACAUUCUUCGAUGACGAAUGCCAACAAGAGCGAGACGAAGCAGAUCUCGGCCGUAGUACCAUUGAUGAUAUUGCUAAUCUGUCUGAUUGCUCAGAAGAUGCUGUUGAUUUCCCUCCGGAAGCUGCUCCAAUCCCCUUCGUUGGUUUCGCGUCAAAGCGAACGAAGUUGAACGAAAGCAGCGAGUCGGAGUCCAACAUUGACCACCCAAUUGCAGGGCAAGAUAAAGACUCCCAGAGUGCCGAGCGAAAUGCGUUCAAAAAACCGAAAAUGAUCACGCGAGCCCUGUCAUUUAAAACAACCACGCGUGGUGGUGCUUCUCAAUCGACUAUGUCCCGGCGAACGCCGACUAAGCUUGUUAACGGCACAAAACCAACUGCGAGAACGGUCGUACCAGGCGUAACAUCACACCGACUCAAAGUACCUCGGCUGGUUUUGAACAAUGUAAUGCCAUUGAAUACGGUUGAAAGCAAAAAAUCAAAGCCAAACACGGGUAAUGAGGAAAACGUUGGUGACGACCACUCAGACACGUCGGACGAAUCGAACUGUAUUGGCAGUAUAGCAAAUUCUACGUUCAACAUUGUGCACGGUAAGGAAUCUGAUUCCGAAUCUCUAUUUUCCAACGUGUUGGUAGAAUCGAAUGUUGACCCGCAGGUGCUAGACAAAGUUCUAAGACGUGCUUCCAAGGGAAAAAUGAAUUUAACUGUGCACAAAGAAAAUUGUAAAAAGACGCCAAAACGGAUAGGAAAAAGUCCCCGUUCGAUUAAUCGAUCAAACAGCCGAACAAACGCUUCCGCUACUUCGGUUAUCAAUCGCUUCCGAAAGAUGAAAGCUAAAGAUGCUGCAGGAACAUCCGGUGACAGCGGCGGAAGUAGUACCAAACCAGUAACCGUGCGCAUUGCUAACAACAAUCUAGAAAAUGAUAACGAUCGAAAUCGUCAUAAUCGUCUCAUGGGCAUCAUAAAAAAAUAG